AUUCUGUCGACGAACGCCAAUAAAGUCCGUUCUGUUAUCCGUCCGACAACGUUGAUAUUAAACAAUAUUGUCAUUGUUAUACCUGCCCGCGCGGCGUCCACGACCGAUCGCAACCAUGAAAAACUGGAAAACCGUCUCGCUGUUCGUGUGCGUGUUCGCGUUCGUCCGGGAAUUCCGGCCCAUCGAACCGUUUUACUCGGCGUACAUGACGAGCCCGGCCAUAAACAUAACUCUGACCCAGGUGAAUAUAAUAAUAACGAUAACGAUGAGCGAUACGAGCGUCAGAUCGUUUUGCGUUACCGUGUUACGUGUUUUGGCAAUUGGACGUCACUGAUUACCGUUGUUGUCGUAACAAUUUAUAGGCGACCAGGGAAGUCUAUUCGGUGGGAGCGUACUCGUGUUUCGUGCUGGUCAUUAUCGUGUUCCUGGUCACCGAUUAUCUCAGGUACAAGCCCGUGUUGAUAAUGGACGGCAUAUGCGGCAUGAUAACUUACGGCAGCAUUACCGGACACCAUCCGAGCUUGUUGAAAAUGCAGGUAAACCCGCUAAACCGCCCCCCCCCGUCCGUCCCGCGGUGGAUUCGCCGCUGAUCGAAACCCGUUCGCGCGAAAAAAUCCAUUACUGUACGCCACCACCGCGUCCGCGCGAUGUGAUUGCAGAUCGGGCAGAUAGUCUACGGGUUUUUCUUCUCGUCGGAAGUGGCGUCAUUCGGUUACCUGUACGCCAUGACGGACGACAAGCGUUACUUUCAACGGAUCACCGGACAAGCCAGGGCGGCGUGCCUGUUCGGCAAGUUCUUUUCGUCCGCGUUGGCCCAGACGAUCAGCCUCGUCAACGGCUCCGUCCCGUACAUCGAACUGGUGUAUCUGAGCAUAUUCGGUAGGUGACCGCGCGAUCGCACAAUAUUUAUAUUACCCAGGAUUUAACGCGGACGCAAAAUAUCAGGCGAGACCCGUUUCACCCGAAUACCCGUUGCGCGGGUGACUUAAAGAAAUUAACUUGCCAUUCGUUAACGACGGUUGAAACGCGUAGAAAACGAUUUAAACAUCGCGAAUCACCAAUUAUUUUUUGCGGUAUUUUAUUGAUAUUCGUAGCGAUGAAAUUACCCUCCCCCCGCCGAGAAAACACCAAGGAAAAACUUUUAUACUAUAGAUCUGUUAUAACCAAUAACCGGGUAUGAGUUUGUUGAAAAACGCGCGUAGAAAUUUAGGAAAAAUAAUAAUAACCAUUUGUAUUUUGUGACGAUUUUUUAAAAUAAUUUUCUAUGCGUUUCGACUGUUAUUCGAAAACUAUUGCCAACUCACUUGAUUAAAAUAUGCCUGAAAUUUAUUCGGGCGAAAUGGUAAAGCCCAAAAUAUUAUAUGGUUAAAAAAAAAAACAAAUAAUUACGUUCAGUAUAUUAUAAUACGACGGGUACGGGGAAAAAACGAGAAAAGUCAUUUUUUUUUCCUCCCCGAAACGGCAAAUCGGUAUCGAACAAUAAUUUGACGCGUCUUUUUUCGGACCGGCGAAAAAACCGGAUUAGUCGAAUGUUGCCGAAAUGAGCGCCAAAAAUUUAGGCAUUAGGCUUACUGGAAAAACAAAAAUACACAGACAAGCCGACUGAAAAUAAUCCGAACAUAAUUCGAUCCGAACAUAAGUAAAAAAAAAAAAAAUUGUUACGUGUUGAAAAGUGAUUUUUCCGAGGUUUUUUUUUCCUCGUACCCUUCGUAUAUGUAUACAUACCUACGUAUAAUAAACACAUUUAGCGACGUGCAGAAAAGGGGUCAUCGGGAGGCGGUCGCCUCUGACUUUUUUUUAAAAGGUCUACUUGUAUGAACAUUUUUAAGAAAGCGUAAAAAGCCCGGCGUCAAAUCUCCGUGUAUAUUAGCCAAUGGGCGGUUCGUGAAUUCGUCGGUACAGGUGGGCGGGCAUUGGAAUAUAUACUCGCCUCUGAAAAUAUUAAUUGAGUUCGCCACACCACUGGGUACACUAUCCGUCUACGUACCGACGAUCGUUUAAUUUUAAUUUUUUUUCCCCUCCGGACAGGCAUGUUCUUCUCGUCCGUAUGGGCUUUUAUAAUGCCCACCGUAAACAAAAGCGUGUACUUCCAUAACGCCGAGCUGACAGACGAGCCCAGCACGUCGGCAGCGGCGGUGCCGAAUUACUCGUCGACGUCAAAAGUGAAAACGGCUACGGUCGCGACCGUCGAAUCUCAGCUGCCUGCGAAAAAAAAAGUAAUCGAUUUUUAAUUUUCGUCGUCAUUUAUAACAUUACGCGCAUUAGGUAAUACUGUCGGGUGUAUAGAUACGGCCGGAGAACCCGGACGAAAUAUACAGUGAAAACUCCUCUUCAUAACGAAACUCAUUUUAACGAAAAACUCUAUGUAACGCGAAAAUCACUGAAUACAACGGUUGAUUUGCUUUGCGACCCAUACAUUAGUUGUUUAACCUUCUCUGCUGCGAAAACUUUUCACAGCAAAUGAAAUCUCUUGGCAGGGACGGAUCCAGGCAUAUCAUUACUGAUAUUACUAUAUUUGAAUCGCAGAUAUGCAUGGUAAUAUAAUAUAUUAUACACAUAAUAAUGUGGGCAUAAAUCUGUGGGCUGUGAUUCCAAUAUUGUUAUUCAACACCGCAAGAGUGUGCGCUACGUCGCCACCAAAGUUGAUCCCGGACAAUCUCACAAAUAGAUUGUGAUCGACUAAACUAUUAUCGUAUACGAUAAUUAGAACCGUAAACACCGCAGUAAUUGUAUUCGCGUUGUAAAAGAAAACUGUUCCCCCCCCCCACACACACACACAUACGCACACAAAUCUUUACUCUGGAUCCGUGCCCGUCUCUCAAGUCUCUUAAGGCCCCUCGAGAUUCGUCAUAGAGAGUUUUCACUGGUAGACGUUAAAAAACGCGUUGCCCGGACUCUCCGGAUACCACCCCUAUAUUGUUUGCGUUCCUAUAUACAAUGAAUCGGUGUAUGACAUUAUGGUUAUAAAUAACGUUAACUCGAUAAUUACGUUGUGCCGCAGGAAGACGUAGAGACCGUGGAAAAAGUGAACGACAAAACGCUCGGCGACGUGUUGCGUUACCUGUGGCGAGAUUUUAAACGGUCGUAUUCCGACCCGUACGUCAGAAAACUCAGCCUGUGGUGGGCCGUCGCAUUCGGAGGUUACGUACAGGUGCCGUACGCGCUUUUUUUAUCGUGUAUUUCAUUUUCAAACACCACCACUACCACCCCCACCGCCCCACAGCUGUAUUUAUAAUAAUUCCUUGAUCGUUGCCGUUGCAGGUGUACACGUACAUAAACGUUUUAUACACCGACAUAAUACUGAACAUGGACGACACAUCGCAUUUCACGCUGUUCAACGGUGCAGCCGAAUCGAUGAACACUCUAUUAGGUGAGCAAAGACUUUAUAAAUACUAUACGUACUUAUAUAAUAUGUAGGGCGGGUAAUUGUGGCUGGUAAUUUUUUAUUUUAUUCGUGAACGCUGCAAGCUAUUUGAAAUUUGACGAGUCGGCGAGGUUAUUGGUGUUCGGGCGCGUCGCGGGCGGACCGCAAUCGGAAGCGGUCGAAAAUCGUAACGGAAAUAAACGUGGGCGGAAAGAGGAUGGGGGGAAAGAGGCGGUUAGAUGCGAUUUUUGAACGGCGCACGGGCUGCAACGAGGGGGUUCGGGUCAAAUGGAAGUUUAGAAUUAGCCGACCCCGAAUAGUCAGGACGGAGACGGAGGAGAAGACAAGGAAGAAACGGCCGUAGAAAAAUUUCCUGGAAAACGCGAUUACUGAUUAUUCAUUCCGUACAACGAUCUUGAGGAGGGUUUGAAACUCGGAUUGCGGUUUAGUUUUGGAUUCAGUUCAAUGACCGCGGAUCGAUUAAAUCUAACACGAAUAGAAAAAAUUUCUGAAGACGGUCGCUGGCAUCGAAUCCCGCCCCCAAUCGCUUCACUUAUCACGUGUAAAAAAAAAGAAAAAAAAAGUGUUAUUGUAAAACGUUGAAUCCGUUUGUUUUCUUUUCUUUUUGUUUAAAAAAUACUAUUUAUUCGUGUACAUAUUUUUUACAGGUGGUAUUGCCGCGUACUAUAUCGGUAAACUCGAACUGAACUGGUUCAGGGUAGGAGACUCGUUUUUGGCCGCCGGUUCCAUACUGGUCGGGCUGGCGCUGCUUGGUUGUUUUUACAUUCGGAUUAUAUGGUUCAUUUACGGCUUUUACAUAUGUUACGGAUGCCUUUACCAAACGAUGUUGACCGUGGCCGAGUAAAUAACAUUUUGCAUACGAUUUUAUUACGGAAAAAUACGUUUAUCGGGAAAAAUCAAAAAAUGACCUCCCUAAAGUACCUCCUCGGUCAGAUUUCCUUUCAGAAAAAAUGCUAUUAUGGCUAACCGGAGCAACAUUUCUGGAAGAAAAGUUGUCCUCAAAAAACCAAAAUAAACAUUGUAAAACCAAUAUUCGACGGUAAAAUAAAGGUUUAUAUUUAACGUCCGAAAGAUAAAUUUUAAAAUUUAAUCAUUCGAUUAAUAUUGUGGAAAAUAUACGCAUUAUUCGAUAAUUUAUGUGACAAUUUCAAUCGACAAUAAUUUUUGUUUUUUUAUUCGAAAUCAUAAUUGUCAAAAAAAAAAAAAAAUAAUAAUGAUAAAAAAGACGAGCGACACCGUAAUUAAUCGGAAUAACGGGUUAUAUUUGAAAACAUAUAAUUCGCAAAAAAAAAAAAAUAUUUCGAAUUUUCGCGAGGCCCAUUAAUAUUUUCAUAACAUAAUAUUACUCAAUGUCGUAUGACCGGUGUAAGUUGUGUAUUUCUUAUCGAAAACGUAUACUUUUUUUUUGUUUUUUUAAUUAACUUGACUGAAAAGCGUCGCAAGUUUAGUAGUAAAUAUACCUGUAGUAGAUAGGUAGGUAGGGAAUAAUAUUUUUAUUAUUAUUAAUAUUAUUUAUUUUUAUUUUUUUCGAUAACUCUCCUAUUAUAGAUCUGAAGUGGCGAAACGUUGCGGCAGAGAGAGUUACGGCCUUGUGAUCGGAUUUAAUUCGUUUAUUGCCCUGUUUAUACACACGAUAAUCACUUACGGCAUCAUUCAAGGGCAUUUUAUCUCGGUUACGACGGCACAACAGGUAAUAUAUUGUUGUUACCUAUAUGAAAUUAACCGAUCGGAUUUCCAAAAAAAAAAUAAUGAUAAAAAAUACAAGCUAUUUACGAGUUAUAGAUACUCGUACGUAAUAUUAUAUCGAUGCGUUAACUUGCCGAGGUUCCCAAACUUUUUUUUUUUUUACUCGCCGCACCCUAAAGUAUUUUCUAAAAAUCCAGUGGCACCCUAUCAUACAAUACUACAUUAUAGUGCAGUAUAUCGUGUAUAUAUAUUUUUAUUUUAUUACUUCAGUUUUCUCAUAACUAGACGUAACCAAACAUAUUCACGCACACACACACGCUGGGGCGGAUCUAAGAAAUAGAUAGGGGAGGGGCUGAAAAAAAAAUCCUUAUCUUAUAUACUUUAAAAUUGUAUUUUCAAUACGGGUUAUAAUUCACAUAAUAUGCUGUAUACAAGUCGUAUUUUUUUAAGUACCUACACGUGCGUAGGGAGAGUAUUCCGUCCCGAUAGCCCCCUCUCCUCGUAUUCGACCCUGUACACAUAUAAUCGUAUUAUAUUUUACAAAAAUUAUAAAUUAAUUUAAAUUUUACAACGAAGUAGCCAGAUUAAUAUUAUUUGUAGGUACAAAAACAAAACUAAGAUAAAGCUACAGGCAUUAGGUUUUUUGUCGUGAACGAGUUGUAGCGUGAUCGUUUUGUAAUAGUCCUACACAUAAAGAACAAACCACAAUACGAAAAUAAAAAUAGAUCUUAUGUAAUCUGUGUUAUUACACGUACAUCAAAACAGUGUUUUUCAACUUUGUUUUUUUUAAAAACGAGGCACACUGUGCUCUUUACAUAAUUUCCGGUGUACCGCUAUACAGGGAACGCUCGCGGUACACCUGCAAUUGGGAACCUCUGCGUUAACUCGUCGCAUACUCACUAUACAGUGUAGGCGCAUCACCCAUACGGUCAAUGUGUUUUUGAUAAUGUUUUACGCUUUGAUUGUCUACAGUUUUUGAUUUACUCCGUUUACUAUUCGGUGCUUGGAUUACUGUUCCUAUUUUUCGCGGUCAAAAGUUAUUUCUCGCCCUCGACCGACAGCGCAACAACAAUUAUCGCUAAAUAAGCUAUAAAGAUUCGUGUUUUUUUUUUUUUUUUCAUACAUACCUAAUUGUACACAUAAUAUAGGGUACCUAUACAAUCUAUACAUUUACGUUUGUCCACACAUCAUCUCAGAAAAAUGCGGCGACAUUCUAUAUGUGUUUUAUUCGGUAAAUAUCGAUUCGUAUGUUAGUAAUUAUAUUAAUAGGUCUCGGAAGUCGUAUAGGAGGUAAAAAUUUGACAAAAUAUGCACGCACGAAAAAAACCGAAAAUAUAUUAUAUGCAAACUCUGUGCGUUCAAAUAUGCGCACAAAAGGAUUAAAAAUAUGCGAAAAAUUGAAUAACUGAGCGAAAAUAUAAUCAAAAUUUAAAAAAAAAAAAAAAAAAAUGUCUACGCUCAAAGGCGAUAAAUACUUAAAUAAACGAGUUACAUAAUAUUGCAUUUUUAUAUUCAAUAUUAUUUAAAAUACAUAUACACGGGUUAUAAACGAAAAAAAAUCAUAAUGCAUAAUAUGCGCGUAAAAAUCGAUAAAAUACAUAGGCGCACAUAGGGAGGUGCUAGGGGCUGUUUUGCACCCCCGGGCUUCAAAUUAGCACGCCCAGUUUACCUAAGUAAUUUAUUUCACUAUUUCACCAAUCAUUUGUAAAUUAUUGUGGUUUAUUGGUUUUUGAUUCAACUUAGUUCACGAAUUCACGAAAUUAUAACGCAAAAAUGUGAAGUGUCGAAUAGAAAAUUAAAUCUUGUAUGACAUUAAUUAGUAAUUAUAGAUUAUGAGUUUUUUUUUUUUUUUCAUAUUUUGAAUACAUAAUACAUUAUGUCAGCGAUCUUAUCUUGUAUAGACUGUACAGUUUAAUUGCUUAAUAAAAAUAAACAGAAUGCGAUUAAAUUAACAUAUGUUAUACAAUUUCAACGUUAUAAUUAAUUAUACAGAUGUAAAGAAUUGAAGUUUUGAUUAAUCAUAUUUUUAUAAAAAUUUAAAAUUAUCGCAAUGUAGUCUGUUGUAGUAUUAGGGGGGAGCGUGUGUACCAUAAAUUAGUCUAGCGUUCCUUAAAUCCACGCACACAAUGUGCGCCUAUGAUGAAUUAUGCAUAUUUUUGCUAAAAUCGACGAAACGCGCAAAAUAUGCAUUUUGAAUGUUCGGUUUUUUUUUUUUGUUUUUUUCUACUUUUCUACUCUAUCCGAACGGAUUUCUCGGUGCGCUACAAAUCGAAAGCAUUGGACAAAACAAUACGCAAUAUUCCUAUAUAAUACUACUUCCGAGCCCUGUGCAAUAUUAUUAAACGUAUCUGUAAACGUUAAAUAUUUAAAAAUGUAUAAUCGUAUGUAUAAUAACGAAACGAGGUAUAAACGAGAUAAGUAUUAAUUAUUGUUAUUACUAUUAUUAAUAUUAUUAUUUUUUUUUUUUUUUAACCGCAUACAAAUUAAACAACACUACCUAAUAAUAUUCGUCCGAAACACGUUGCCUACAUUGAUGUAAUUAGUAUUACAGUAUAUUUAAUACAUACGAAUCGCGUAUAUAAUUAUUAUUCGAUAUAAUAUGUAUUUGCAGUCGUUUUUAAGUGCGUGUUAAACGUAGUGUUCGAUAUGGAAUAUCUAUCGCCUCGCCAUUAAAAUAUUAUGCAUUUAAGAGUAACUGUGUAAUAUAAUAAUAUAUUUAUUAGGUACAUAUUAUAAAGAGUAGGUACUUUAGAUUUAUCUUUAAAGGACGUUUUAUUUUGUUUUCGAUGUAUGCAAUUAUUUUUACAUUCAGAAAUCGCUAAUCCACUGUUAUAAAACGGAAUCGGAAUUAUUAGGAGGCCGUGAUACCCGCAUGCGCCGGCUCCGUCUUCGUUAGCGCGGACAUAUAGAGCUGUUGAUAUUGAGCUGCUGGUGUUUUUUUCUUUCUCUUUAGUUAUAGGUAAGGCUAAGAAGAUCGUAGACACCUGCGUCCAUCCAGACCUCUCAAACCCAUUCCACCCUUCCCAUUGAUGAAUCCGCCUUACAAACGUGCAGGAUAUACGACAUGACAAAUUUGCGUUCGACGACGGGGGGGGNGGGGGGGGGGGGGGGACACGACUUUACGCGCCGUUAGUUAUGAUAUCAUAGCGCCUCCGUCGUCAUCAAUCGAAAAGUUAAAAACAUUAUCUGCGUGCGUACGUAGAUUUUAUUUUCUAUAAUUUCCCAGUAAUAAUAAUUAUGUGAAACGUCGCAAUUUUAAAAUGCUUCUACGUCGCCACACAAUUAGAAUAUCGAAAAUCGCCGACACGGUCGCUCAGACAAUGUCCGUAGUUUGAUACCCAGUCAAUUCGUUCUAACAUUAAAACUAUAACAGCCCAAAGUUGUCCCUGCUGAACGCAAAUUUACUGUGUCGUAUAUACGUUUCCAAGACGGAAAUUAUUUGACGUUUAACAAAAAUUACUUCACCAAAUUAAAAGACGAUUUUUUACUAUAAUUAUGCGGAGGAUAUAUUAUAAUAUACCCUACAUUAGUAUCUAAUUCACAGACAAUCUAUGUCCGUAGUUGAGAAAUGUUUUUUCGUCCCUUGUUAAUAUUAAAUUAUUAAAUUAAAAUAAUAAAAUAUUGAAAAAAAAAAAAAAACAAACAAUCUUUUUGUAGAAACAUAUAGUAAAUAUUCAAAUACGAUGAAAUCUUUUCGACUGCCCCGCACGGUCGGCCGAUCGCCUGCGUCUUUUUUUCGCUGCUUCACUCCCCUAACAUUCCUCUUAAUUCCCGUCACAUACUUAAACAUUAACAUUAACACUUUAACUGUGACAUUAGUAUUUUUUUUAUUUUUCCUGAAGUAUUUGUACGGGUAUGUUGUAAUAUGGAUAACACCGUGUGAACGUAUUAGCCCCACAUCGUUGAGCGAUUCCUUGUCGAAUUAUUGUACUCGCGUACUUGACGACUGUUUUUUAGUUUUUAGAAUUUUUAUUGAGUACUUUUAUGGUGCGUACAGCACGCGGUGGCCGGCGCGGGGGGCAGGACAAACGUAAGGUGUUUCGCGCGCAAUCUUUACGGCUGCACAUUACACUGAUGAACUGUCCAAGCAAAACCCCGGCGCCGGCACUGCGUACGUGUAUUUUUUCUUUAGUAUAGCUAUUCGCUCGUUUGUUAAUUAUUGAUUGUUUUUUGUUUUUUUUUUUUUUUUUUUCCGUGCGUUUAUACUUGUACGCUGUUUUAUGUUUGGCAACCAAACAACGGCCAAUAGGUUAUACUUACGAUUUUUAACGGUACCUGUAUGAAUUAAAUGUAAGAUCUUAUUUUUGUAUUUCGCGAUAAAUAUGUAUUGCGUAGGUAUUAUUAUUGUUAUAAUUGUAUUUUUUUUUUUUUUUUUUAUUUCGAGAAAUAUACUAUAGAUUGUCGUUGAAUAACGAUUAUUGUACACCUACAACGGUUUGUUUUUUUUUUAUUAUUAUUUCACAGUUUAUUUCAGGGUUUCGC